UUGAGCUAAACAGCAAAAACUGUUUCGCACAAGACAAUAAUAAAGAGGUUGUCAUGGUAACAGUUGGCACGCUAUUUAACACUCAGAAAUGUCUCUAGACAGCGAAAUUAAAUUUCCACCCCAAACACAUCCACAGAAAAAGAGUACACAAACUUACUGUGUCCAAUCAUCAGAGGAAGAGAAAGAUGUGGAAAAUGCUGAGGCUCAGUCUGUACAGCUUGCAGCAAAAAAGUUGUCCUGGAUGGAUACUAGUUACAUUUAUGUUAGCUCAGAGAGAAAGCCACUACUCCUAAUUCAGUUGGAAAGUUAUUUGAACAAUGAACUACAAACUAUCAGCUUUCACCAGCCAAAAUUUCAAGAACUAAAAUUACAGGUCUACCGCAACAUCUUUGGACAUUUGAUUAAAGAGUUCAAAACCUACCAAUCCCUUUUGUCUGCAAUCAAAAAGGAAUAUGAAAACACUUUAGAGUGUCAGCAGGAUCAAAUCCAAAAACUGGAACCACUGCAGUCCCGCCUGAGGCUGGUAACAGAAGAAUGUGAUAGGAAGAUUCAAGAUCGCUUGGAAGAAGAGCAAGCAGUGAUUGGAGCCUUAAAACGGGAGAAUCAGCAACUGCAAAAGGAUCUUGAGGCUAUGAGGGCUAAAGAAAAAGCUAUGCAGAGAGUGGUGGACCAACUGCAGGCUGAAGUCUCCAACCAAUAUCUGCAGUACAGAGAGGAGCGUGAUGCUCGUAAGCUGCUGAUGUGGCAGCUCAAUGAUCUAACAGGAGACUCUGUAAAGAAGGAGGAUCCUGCAGAAAUUAAUACAGAAGAGAAUAAAGACACUUUGGAGCUUCAGCUCACACUGAAGAUGUGUCGGAAAGACCUGACCAAAGCCCAGGAGGAGCUGGUCAAAAUGAAGAUGGAUCAUUGGGAUAUGGUGCCAAGAUGCAAGUGGGACACCCUGACUCAAACACACACACAGACCCUCCUGCAGCUGAAGACGCUCCAGGGCGACUUUGAUCAACUGAAGAGUGAGUAUGACACUCUGCUAGAGCUCCACACAAGAGGCAAAAUAAAGAAUGGAGUACAAGACCCCAUCCGUGUGCAGGUUGGAACUGAGGAAGGGAAACCCACGGAGUACAACCAAGAAAAUAGACAGGCUGAUGGCCUCAACUGAGAGCAAACCAGACAGCAAUGACAUCUUCUCUAAGAGACUUGACACCCCUCUGCAAACCAGCAGUCUAUCUGUGUCUUUUCAGGCUGGUUUUGGUGUUAUGCAGUUCAUGUGAGCUGAUCCUUAACUUGCACCUGGAGCCACUGUUAGACUUUAACUUUCCUUCUGAGAAAUCAUUUAAUUGCAUAUAAGAGGUAUUGUGAACAGUUCUCUUGUUGAAUAAA